AUGGAUUCAGUAUGGUGGACGAUAUGGGCGCUUCGCUGGAGGAGGUGCAGAAGAUGUCCGGUGAGUGAGCGGCGUGGCGAAUUCCAAUUUGGGGCUGCAAUGACUCAUUGGACUUGGGGCACGACUGCAGGGAGUGCGACACUUAUUGAGGAUGAUAUUCAGAACCUAGUUGACUAUCUUGAUAAGCAUGUGGAUCCGGAUGACAACCCGCUCGGAGGGCUGGUUGAGCGGAACCUGCUGAAAAGAUGGGCCACUCUGCAAGAACAUGGUAGGCAGCCCACACUCGCUUUACAUUUCUAUCACGGUCGUUCUGCAGGCCUUCCCGAGGACGGGGGCCUCGCAUUCCAGCGUCACGGACAGAAGGCUAACCCCCCGGUCAUCACAGUCAUCGCGUUCAAGAAUGCAUACAGGAAUUGA